AAAGUGUUCAGAUUUAGAGUCCCAGUCAGAUUUGGAACCAGUUGCGACAUCAUCACGGAAAAACUCCAAUCUCAGUAUCGGUCAGAAAAGUCCACUACCAACGAGUUUAAAAAACUGCAUACUCGCAUUAAUAAGCAAACGAACAACUCACAGAUUAUUUCAUUACCCACAACUACUGUAAAUAACGUCAACAAAGCAAUAAUUCGCCAAAACAGGUCAAAUGAGGAUGAUUCGAAAACAGUUAUUAAUUAUUUACAGCAGAUAAUUCGAAAGCAGAACAUUUUGCAAUCGAUGGUGGCAGAUUUGGGCAAUCGCCUCGUGAAUCUGGAAUCAAAAGAAGUUAAUGUCACGGUUGAAGAAAACGAAUCUAUGUUCACCAAUUUAGAAUAUUUGCCGGUAAACAAUUUGGAAGGGAUGCAAAACUUAGAAAAUUAUUUAUGUGAUGCACAACUAAUGCAAAAAGCAGUUAAAGAACUUUCUCAAAUUGGAGGCACCAAUGUAUACAAUUUUAUUUUUCGUUCAAUGGAGAAGUUAAUAACUAACAAAUUCUGUGGUGCUGUAUAUAGUUUUCAAGGCAGGAGGAAAAAAGAAUCUUUUCAGAAGCUAAAACUCGAUGACCUUCUAAUAAAAGCCUGUAUGACUAUUUUCAAGGAUACCACAUUAAAUGAAAUAGAGCAAAAUAUAUCUAAAUGGAUAAGGCGUUGUGCGGAAAGGGGAAAGGAUAAAAACGUGUGAAUUGCAUAAACCUAUAUAUAUUUAUGUAUCAUAUAUUUACUUCAAUUAAAUCGUUUUGAAUUUCGUU